AUGGCCUUCUGGAAGAUUUGCAUGAACUAUGUUGACGUUGCUGUGGUUAUCACGUCAUUGAUGGAGGUCUUCCUGUACUCCGGCGUGCCAGUCAAUCCAAUUCUCUUCCGCCUCCUGCGAAUUGGCAAGCUGGCCCGUACUUUUCGCAUGGUGACGAUGUCCAAUGUCCUUCAAAACUUGCAGCUCUUGAUCAAAUGCCUAUCAGCCAGCGUGGACAUGCUCUUCUGGACAUUUUGCUUGCUGAGCUUCCUGCAGUGUAUUGCCGGCCUGGUGGUUGGCACCCUCUGCCGUGACUUCGUAGCGGACGAAAGCGUCCCGCUGCAGCUGCGUCAGGAUGUUUUUCGCUACUACGGAACUUUCAGCCGCACCAUCCUCACGAUGUUUGAGAUUUUGUUUGCAAAUUGGGCACCGCCGGCACGUGUGCUUUUGGAGAACAUGAGUGAGUGGUUCUCCGUCUUCUUUCUGCUGUAUCGCUGUGUCUUGGGCUUUGCAGUUCUGAACGCAGGCCUCCAGGAUGGCGAUGUCUUGACCUUGGCGAAGCAGCCGGUUUCUCUGGCGGCUUCAGGGGCGGCCUUCGCCGCCAUCCUGGGUGAUGGGUCGGUCGUGACUUGGGGAGAUCCAACAGCCGGAGGCGACAGUAGUCAUGUGCAGAAGCAGCUGGUGAACGUGCAGCAGCUGCAAGCGUCCGACACAAGCUUUGCAGCCAUCCUUGCCGAUGGGGCGCUCGUCACGUGGGGCGGUGUUACAGAGGAAGAGGGGUGCGUUGCCGCCCCUACCAACCUAACGAAUGUUGUGCAAGUGAAAGCUUCGGAAAGGGCAUUUGCCGCCAUCCUUGGUGACGGGUCUGUUGUAACCUGGGGUGCGCAGGAAAGUGGUGGUGACAGCAGCGCCGUCAAUGGGCUCCUGCGGAAUGUGCGGCAAGUUCAGGCCGCUCGAUUUGCCUUCGCCGCCAUUCUUGAAGAUGGGAGAGUUGUGACCUGGGGCAACCAGUGGGGUGGGGGCAACAGCACCACCGUCAGUGAACAGCUGAAGUCUGUGCAGAAGAUCCAGGCCUCCGCGAAUGCUUUUGCUGCCAUUCGGGCGGACGGAUCAGUUGUGGCGUGGGGCAGUCCUGAGUUCGGCGGAGACAGCAGCUCAGUUCAGCAUCUAUUGAAGAACGUGAGGGAAGUGAAAGCAACUACUUCAGCCUUUGCUGCCAUUAGGCUGGAUGGAUCGGUCGUGACCUGGGGAUGCCCUAAGGAAGGUGGUGAUAGCACGGAUGUCCAGGAUCAGCUCCGCAAUGUGCAGCAGAUUCAGGCCUCUGCGUGCGGCUUUGCCGCCAUUCUCAGUGACAAGUCCGUCGUGACCUGGAGGUCCGAUUUCGGCGGUGACAGCCGGGCCGUGCAGAAGCUGCUCAAGAACGUGCGGAAGGUUCAAGCCAACACAGGUGCUUUUGCAGCCCUCCGUGAGGACGGGUCGGUCGUAACUUGGGGAGAUCAUCGCGGUGGCGGGAACAGCCGAAGUGUGCAGAAGCACUUGAGAAAUGUACAGCACAUCCAAGCUUCGAAGUAUGCCUUCGCUGCCAUCACCUCGGAGGGCCGGGCUGUAACCUGGGGGGACAUCGCCAGUGUCUUGGAGGAUGUUUGGCAAGUCCAGGCUUCGAACCAUGCCUUCGCAGGUAUCCGGAAGGACGGCUCCGUGCUUUCCUGGGGCUCCCCGCGCCUGGGAGGUGAUAGCAGCGCCGUCCAGCAGCUCUUGAGCCUGUAG